CGUUGACACCCGAUGUUUUAAGCAUAUUUCACUUAACGAGGAACAGUGCAACAGAAUAUGGUUGCUCUGAACCUAUGGAAAUGCUUGAUAGUGUUCAUUUUGAUUAUAUUACAUUGCUAUGCGGAUUAUAGCAAUAAAGCAGGCCCUUAUGAUGUGAUAUUUCGGCAAAUAGAUGAAUGUACUAAUGCUGGGACAAGAGAAGUGGUGAUGAAUGCCAAAAUAAAGAAACUCGACCGAGAAACUACUGCCAUUGACGGCAAUAUGACAUUAAAAACUCCUUUCAAUGAUGACAUUACGUCCAUAUUAAAGCUUUCACAGUUUACUAAUGGUGGAUACAAAGAAAAUUCCUAUACUCAAGUAGUGAAAAAAUCAUGCAAUACAAUACUUAAUCUCCUGCCAGUAAUGACAAAGGAAAUUUGGAAAGCAGGAAAUAUAGGAAAGGGGUGCCCCAUAAAACCUGGAACUUAUAAUAUCUACAACUAUACUACAAAAGAACAGAUCAACAUUGUGCCAAUUUUUUUUUACAACAAAUACAAAGCAGAAAUAAUAUACAACAAAUUCGGAAAAAGAGUAGGUUGUAUUGAAAUAUAUGCAGAAAUAGUCCCUAAAAGACAGCAUUCAGGACGAGGAGGUCUGGGACAGAGAAAGAGAUCAUAAAAUUCGGAACAUAAAGAAAAAAUAUUUAUUGUAUCUUUAUGACACUGUUAUUUAAAACGAUUUUAUUUGUAAAAGAAAUACCUAGUACUAUUAACUUAAGAAAAAUAACUUAUAUAAUAUAACGAUAUGAAAAUAAUUUUAGUUCUUAUCAAAUUUAAAUACCAAGUGUUUUAGCAGCUUUCUUUAUGUAAUGUUUAUGUUCUUUAUGUUAAAUAAAUCAUCAGUUUAUAGGAAAAAGUAACUACAGACAGUUUUGAUGAAGUUAAACUUUUAAGUAUUUUUUUAUGAAUUCAAUCACUAUUAUCAAUAAAAAAACAAAGUAAAUGUACCACAAUGAUACGAACCCUUCCAUAUAUUAAAUGUAGUUAUUAGUCUACUAUGAAUUGAUGUAACAUAUAGCUCUAGGUGAUUUAAUUUCAAGAAAUGUAACUUUAUGACUUUUUGCAAAAUAUUUAAGUACAUUUUAACGGUAAGAUAAAUACCUAUUUAUAUAUGUAUAUGUUGAACAAAAUAAAAUGACUUCUUCC